AUUGGGAGUAAAACCCUAAAGUGUUUAGAGUCGGAAAAAUUAAGAAAAAAGGCUUGUGGUGUUUUUUUGGACGCUGCGGCGACGCGGAGGAGUUCUGGUGUUUAUGUUUACUUCGUGUCUCGUCGAGGAGCAGAGCGGAUAUCUCUCGUAUUUACCACGGGAAAAAUGAUCCGUGCAAUGAGAAAAUGAGGAUGUUUUGAUUUUUUUUUCUUUUUUUUUUUUGGCUGAAUACACUGAGCAACUUUUCAUCUCCAGGAUCAAACUUACUUGGGUGUCGUGAGUCAUGGGAAGCUUCAAGGGCCACGCGCUCCCUGGAAGCUUUUUCCUGGUAGCUGGGAUCUGGUGGACAGGAAAAUACUCUCUCUGGCACGCCACCCGCAGGAACAAGAACAUAGGUUCCAGUCGGCUGGCCAGCAGAGCCUUACAGCGCCGCCUGGAGAUCAUCGAAAGCUCUGUCAUACUCUUCUUCUCUUUUGUUGGGAUGCUGGCAGAGCAGUUUGUGGCAAAUGGACCAAGACUCCAGUUGUAUGACUUUGCAGAGAAACACUGGGAAGAUCUGAUGAACUGGCAACAUUCCACCAUGUAUCUGUUCUUUGGCCUGGCUGGGACGGUCUCUCUGAUCAUCCACAGCACAGAGGCUGCUCCACUGGCACUGGAUAGGUUAAUGCUGGCUAUUGCUUUCUUUAAUGAAGGAUUUCUUUUCCUCUAUCAUCUCCAUGGCAGGAGCAUGCUGGACGUCCAUGUACAUCAGCUGCUUCUCUAUGCUGUCUUUGGCACUGCUCUUAUUGCCUUUCUGGAGGUCUUCCACAGAGGUAACAUCCUUCUGGAGCUGCUGCGCUGCACCCUCACCCUCCUGCAGGGAAGCUGGUUCUGGCAGAUUGGCUUUGUGCUGUAUCCUCCCCGUGGCCCUGACUGGGACCUAAAGGAUCAUAACAAUGUGAUGUUCAUCACCAUGUGUUACUCCUGGCACCUCGCCUUCGCCAUGCUCGUUGUGAGCGUACUCUAUUGCACCGUCAGCUGUGUGGUUCGCUCCAGACUGAAGAGGACUCCUCCAAUGGAAAUGGGACUUCUGAAGCCCAGAGAGAGGGAUCCAGAGUCAGAAGAUGAGAUUUUAUGAAGAGGACUGUUGUACACCCACUCAAGUACAUCACAAUUAAAUCAGGGAUAUGAUGUUAGCAGUUCCAGCAUUAGGAUAACUAGAAGCAAAGCAUGCAGACAGAGAAGGGAUAAGGACGUGUUUCUGGAUGCUUUACAAAUAUAUCUCUACCUCUGCCUUAUUUAAUCAAAUGUAAACCCCAAUAAGCCUUACUCUCAUUGUUAAUUGCUAUUUAUUUUACUGUGGCCUAAGUCUUUUCAUGUAGUCUGCCAUAUCAUUUUCUUCACUAUUCAUUUGCACACUCAUGAACUCAUAAGGGAAAACUUUUUGUUGUUUGCAUGUUUCUCAUUUGACUCACCAAACUUUUCUUGUCAGACAUGUUGGUGUCCAGUAGUGGCAACUCAUGGUGAAAACAGUCAUCAUCAUCAUCAUCAUACAACAUAUUUAACUUGAAUGCAUGCAUUUUAAGUGGCUUUUUUGUUUCAUAAUAUAAGGACAUAGAGUUAUCACCUGAAUCUAACAGAACUACCAAAAAACACAAAUGUUAUUAAAGUUGUUUAGAUUUUUCUGUAUGACAUAAUUACACGUUAUUAUGGUUGC